AAGUGUGCAUAUGAAGCAGACUCGCACUCGCUCCCUCGGUCAAAAUCGAGGGGUCGAGGUUCUGUCUAUAUAAAAUUCCCUCGUCCACAUGGCGAAGUGGAACACGCUUCAAAAUGGCAGUGGGGAUUCCCCGAGGGGACGUGCUUAGGGAAGUUCGCGCGUGCGUGUCUUAAAGUGGAGUGGAACGCAGCCCCGGUAGUCAGCAAUGAGAGAGAGAAAGGGAAAACAUCAAUAAUCAACUUACUAAAAAAUAUUCUCAGACCUAAGUAUCUCUCUGUGGGCUUUAACCUUCUUAUUUGGUCUGUUCUUUGUCUGUUGUAACAAGUCUGUCAUUCAGCUUGUGUGGAGGAACAGGAAGUCUUAAAAAAAAACAAAAAAACAACAACAACAACACAGCAAAACAAGGAAGAGCAGGCAGCUGAGUGCGAAUGUGCAGAGCACUGCGACAUUACAGCUCCGUGACAACAGAAAUUAAAAUAAAGAAAAAAAAUCAGCAAAGGCACAUACGUGUUCACACAGAGACAAAGGAAGCAGAGAAAGUUUUAGGCUCCAACCCAGACACUCAAUAAUAUCCCCAUCUUCCACCGCCAUGGAUGCAUCUGGAGGAUGCUGGGACAGCUGCUUGAAUGAUGACGAUUUGCCACAGAUGGAUGGCACAUGUGAUGCGUGUGAACCAGACGAGCCUCAGUCAGCUGCUUGGAUGUGCACACUCUGUCGCUUCGCCUUCUGCACCAGCCAUGCAGACAAACAUUCACAAAGCACUGGUCACCAACUCCAGCCGUACAGCACCCCAGACCCUCAGGCAGAGAGUGGGCCACUGAAAGAAUGCCAGGUGUCUGAAAACGCAUCAGAGGGGGCCAGCAGUAAUGAUGAGCAUAAACCAGCGAAAAGAGACACUGUGACAGUGGAGAGGCUAAAAUGUAAGGAGCAUGGUCAAGAGGGUUCGCUCUACUGUAAACAGGACCAGCGGAUAAUUUGUGUGCUGUGCGCUGUGCAGGGAGAGCACAGAGAACAUGAGAUUAUCACUCUCAAAGAGGCCUACAUGUGGCAGAAGAGCAGAGAAGGCAUUGACCUGCUGGAGCGCACACAUGAAAUAUCAGAGAAGAUCAAGGCCAAAUGGAUCAGCCCGGAUAUGAGUGUAGAAGAUCUGGAGCAGUAUGUGAACCAGCAGUUCGAUGAGCUGAAUAGGCUGGUUCGCCUUGAGGAGUGGCGUGUCCUGCACCUGGUGGAUUUAAAGGAGGCGUUCCUCACUGCCCAGGCUGCUGAGAAGAUAUCUGAGAUUAGUGUCCACACUGAAAAACUGCAGGAGGAAAUGGAUUCUGUCACACAACAGCUGAGUGAACUGGAUCAAAUAGAGCAGAAUGGAGUCGCCCCUAUGUCCCUGGCCCCACUGUUGGCCGCCAGACCACCACGUCCACCUGAAGCUCUCGUGGAGCCCAUGCCACUGAAUCCUGAUUUGAGGCUAAGAGCAGCAAAUCAAAGGAGGGACCCAGAAGAUCAUUCAGUAGAUGAAGAGAGAGAUGAUGCAUACAGUGGACAUGCACCCUAAAACUACUCUUUCAUUCUCCUUUCAUACCUCACUUACUGCGAUAAAAACUAUGACUGUAACUGUGCUGAUCAUCAUGUCUUAAUUUGAAUACUUACAGAUUUUAUGUUGAACCAGUUUAAUUCCUUUUUAAUGAGAGGUAAUCAAAUAAUAUGUAAAAGCUGGGAAGGCAGGAAGAAAACUGAAACACUAAAUUCCAAAAGAAUAUUUGGUCUGUUAUUUGUAUUGUGUUAAACAAACAAAAAAAGUUCUCUUUUGAUAGAAAGAUUUUAAGCAAGUGUUUAACCAUUUAAACCAGUUACAAUGUUUGUUUGUUUUUUGUUUGUUUGUUUGUUUUUAUUUGUUUUAACAUUUGCUUGUAAAAAUACAUACCACUCCAGUUCAAUUGUAUGUUUCAUGAAAUGUGGUCUCAUACCAUCCAAAAUCACCUUCAUGUCAUUAUGCUAUACCUUGAUUCUAUUUGAUCUUAAACCUAGAAGAAUAUAUAUUUGUCCUAGAAUUUUUUUUUUUUUUUUUUUUUUUUUUUUUUUGCAUUGCUUCUAGUCCAUUUGUUGGAUGCUUUUUGUUUGGCAGCAAGAAAUGUACAAUUCCCUGGAUCACUGCUGCCUGGUAUACCAAAUAUGUUUCAGCCCUUAUCGUGAUCUGGCUUAGUAUGUUGUCUCUGCAAAUGACUUGUAUGCUUUUUUCAUCAUUGGAGUGACCUCAAAGUCUCCUGUUUUAAAUAUAUGUAUCAUUCUCUCAGUGAUUUGCUGCAUUAGUAGAUUUCUCUUUGAUACCUAAACAAACUAUGCUUUGCUAAGGGGAAACAUGGCAUUAUAUUUUUGAUAUGGUCUUUGAUAGUGUGCAGGAGGGCACUGACCUCUGCAACAAUUAGAUUGGUUAUACCCACUUUCUCCUGCUUUUGUUCUUAUUAAUCUUUUCUGUAAACAAAUAAAAAAAAGGUUAUUUUGAUGUA